UUGUUAGAUAAUAUGGACGAUUUUUUAAAUAAGAAAAAAGAGUCGGGGCCGGUACUGGAUCUCUCCAAGGCCAUCGCAAACACCAAGGAGGAAUUCCGGAAACUCUUCGACAAAGUACCGGAUUUCAAGAUCAAACCGGAAAAGCUCAAGCACGACGAUACCAAAGUCCGUGAUAAUGUCAAACGCAUGAAAUUCAAAACGGGCAGAAAAGACUUCAAGACAAUGCGAAAGCCUUUCCAGUUUCACGACCCGAUCCCCGUGGAAAUGCUUAGCUUGAAGAUCAGCGAGUUGGCCGUCGUGCCAAUCGAUUGGAAAAUGUUAACAAGCAAGCGACCUAAAAGCAAGAAUGAAGAGAACUUCUUUUCAAGAAUGAUCGAGCUUAAAAAGUUCGAACUGAAAGCGGAAACGAAGUCGAAGAGUGUGUACUCCACCGAUCCGCAUAUUAGGAAGGUGAAAAAUCGAGGUGGCGUCAUCGAAUGGCGAGUCGUCAACUGUCCGGAUUGUCAAGAGGAUUUCUGCACGGGCGACGUUUGUAAGUUGUAUAGUUACGAUAGUUUCGUCAGAGUACCAGAACCACCGGUGAAAUCGCCACCUAUAAAGUCUAUGUCCAUCGAAAUCGGAGGUAGGAAGAAAACGAUGUCCAAGAAAAUAAAGAAGAAGGGAAGAAAACAAUCGCCCAGUAAAAAGAAGAAAACGAAACGAUCGAGUAAAAGCAAAUCUCCGACGAGAAAGAAAUAAA